AGAUUUUGGUGGAAGAAACUUCUUCUCGUUGUUGAGGAUUGACGAAGAAGAUCAUGAACCGACAAAACGGUGGAGGACAGCGGCUGAGAUCCGCUAGACCCACCACAAUUCACGAUUGUGCUCUCUCCGGUGAUCUUAUUGCUUUGCAGAGACUUCUUAAAGACAAUCCUUCUCUUCUCAAUGAACGCAAUCCCGUCAUGUAUCACACGCCUCUUCAUGUUUCUGCUGGUAAUGGUAAUGUUGAUAUUGUUAAGUAUCUUCUUGCUUGGACUGGAUCUGAGAAAGUUGAGUUAGAAGCAAUGAAUACUUAUGGUGAGACUCCAUUGCAUAUGGCAGCUAAGAACGGUUGCAACGAAGCUGCGAAGCUACUCCUUGAGCGUGGUGCGUUUAUCGAAGCUAAAGCCAGCAACGGUAUGACACCAUUGCACCUUGCCGUAUGGUACUCAAUUACUGCGAAAGACAUUUCAACUGUUAAGACACUGCUUGAUCAUAACGCAGAUUGCAGCGCAAAAGAUAAUGAAGGGAUGACUCCUUUGGACCAUCUGCCUCAAGGACAGGGCAGUGAGAAGUUACGGGAAUUAUUGCGCUGGUUUCUCCAAGAGCAGAGGAAAAGAAGUGCGCUUGAGCAAUGCGGUAAGACCAAAGCCAAGAUGGAACUACUUGAGGACGAGUUGUCAAAUAUUGUUGGAUUAAGUGAGCUGAAGACACAACUGAGGAAAUGGGCAAAAGGAAUGCUUUUAGAUGAAAGGCGAAGGGCUCUUGGGUUGAACAUUGGAACCCGAAGACCUCCGCAUAUGGCAUUUCUUGGAAACCCUGGAACAGGUAAAACCAUGGUCGCUCGAGUUCUUGGGAAGUUGCUUAACACGGUUGGAAUUUUACCAACUGAUAAGGUAACAGAAGUACAGCGUACAGACUUGGUUGGUGAGUUUGUUGGCCAUACAGGACCAAAGACCAGGAGAAAGAUCCAAGAAGCUGAAGGAGGAAUUCUGUUUGUGGAUGAAGCAUACAGAUUGAUCCCGAUGCAAAAGGCGGACGAUAAGGACUACGGUCUAGAAGCUCUGGAAGAAAUCAUGUCGGUCAUGGACACAGGGAAAAUCGUGGUGAUAUUCGCGGGAUACAGUGAGCCCAUGAAGCGUGUGAUUGCAUCAAACGAAGGGUUUUGCAGAAGGGUCACAAAGUUUUUCAAUUUCAGUGACUUCAGUGCCAAGGAACUAGCGCAGAUACUACACAUCAAGAUGAACAACCAAGGAGAGGACACUCUGUUCUACGGUUUCAGAUUGCAUGAGUCCUGCACUCUGCAGGAGAUAGCGUCACUGAUAGAGGCAGAAACAACCGAGAAGCAGAGGAAAGAGAUGAACGGAGGAUUGGUGGACACGUUACUUGUUAACGCGAGGGAGAAUCUUGAUCUCCGACUUAGCUUUGAAUGUGUUGACACUGAAGAGAUUUGUACAAUCAAGUUGGAGGAUCUAGAGGCUGGGCUCCGAGUUUUCUCGCAGUGAAAAGCUUCCAGGUUCAAACAUCUGAUGGCUAAUAAUCGGUUAGUAUUACACAAUUGUAUUGAUUCAAUUCUUUACAUCAUAUUCUUUAUGUUUUUGUCCCCCUCAAGAUCUUGUAGGAGGAGAGGCUCUCGUUUCAACUUCCAUUGUUUGAUCAAAUCUAUUUCUAUUGUAUAAAACUAUAUUGAUAUU